AUGCACGACUAUCACAGUCGUGUCCAGCCUCGCCAGAUCUUGCGCCAACCCCGCGCAAUCAGCAAGCGGAAGUUCUCGUGCGGAUUCCGCGGUGACCAAUCAACACCAACCCGCAACGACAUCGAGAGUCUCUUCCAUGGAAUCACCACCGCUCUGCUCCGCAAAUCGAAAGUUCGCGCGUCUGAUAUCCUUCUGACCAUCAUGUCUUCGGUGACAAGGACCGGGUCGGAACCAGUCUGGGGCCAUGGACUCGACCUGAGUUCCGGCCAGAUGGAGCCUCAAUAUGAUCUCUUGACACCUUUCGAGUCGAUGCCUGAUCACAUCACAGGCCGAACCGUCUGGUCAAAGGAAAAGCUCGAGAACAACCAGGUCCGGUGGAUUCGCGAAUUCGUUCAAUCCAAAGCCUUUGCGGUAACCAAUCGUGCCCGCUUCAAAUAG